AUGAGAACAACAGCCUUUGUCCUGCUCUCAGCCCUGGUGCUUGCAACUAUCCUCAAUGUAGAAUGUGUCAAACACCAUGAACAGAUUGACUGUAGUAAAUAUAAAAAGUUACCAUCAGAAGAAAGAUUUUGUUAUGACAUAUAUGCACCAAUUUGUGGAUCUGAUGGCAAAACUUACAGCAAUGAUUGCUACUUUUGUUAUGAAGUUGAGAAAACUAACAACAAACUUAAAUUUGUACACUUUGGAAAAUGUUGA